GACCAGCUCCAGCAGAAGAUCAUAUGCCCUGGGCCGGUAACCUGCCUGACAGCUUCUCCCAACGGGCUCUACAUUUUGGCUGGGGUUGCUGAGAGCAUCUACCUGUGGGAGGUCUCCAACGGGAACCUCUUAGCCAUCUUGAACCGACACUACCAGGACCUCACAUGCCUCUGCUUUACUGAUGACAGCAGCCACUUUCUCUCGGGGGCAAAGGACUGCCUGGCCCUGGUGUGGAAUCUUUACAGCGUGCUGCAGGCAGAGCCCUCCCAGAUCCCUGACCCUCGCCACGUGUGGUCCCGACACAGCCUCCCCAUCACAGACUUGUGCUGUGGCUUUGGAGGGCCCUUGGCACGAGCUGCCACAGCCUCCCUUGACCAGACAGCGAAGCUUUGGGAAAUCUCAUCUGGGGAGCUCCUGCUUUCCGUCCUCUUCGAUGUGGGGAUCAUGGCUGUGACUCUUGACCUCUCUGAGUAUCACAUGUUCUGCGGCGGCAUGGAUGGAUCCAUCUUCCAGGUUGACCUCUUUGCCUGGCCGGUCCAGAGAGACCGGACCUUCCAGACAGAGCGGGAGAACGGGAAGGUCUUCAAAGGGCACAGGAACCAGGUGACGUGUCUGUCGGUCUCCACAGAUGGCAGCCUGCUGCUUUCCGGCUCGCAUGAUGAAACAGUCCGGCUGUGGGACGUCCAGAGCAAGCAGUGCCUGAAGACGAUGAAUCACAAAG